AUGAACCUAGACUUUGUUUUUUUCUACGUUUUGCAUUUGAUUCAAAAGGCACACAACAGUAUGCAAUACACGAACGGUGGGUCGCGUACGGACUCGCCGGACAACGACUCGGCCUACUCUGACUCCCUAUCGAUGCUGUCCUCUGAACAGUCGUCGUCGUCGGGCGGCGCCGGCAGUACUGGCAAUAACUCUAGUCUACAGACAAUACAAUCAAAAAGCAAUCAAACAAUAGGAGUAGGAAGUAGUCAACAGGCGAAAGAUGUUCAGGAGCAAAGGUUUGCCGAGUGGGGUGGCGCAGGUACACUUCAACGAGACAAUAAUAGGCUAAACAUGCACUUCACUUUUAUGACCAUGAUUUGUAUUGUGUGUCUGAAGUGGUGGACCGUUUGGUUUAGGGGGGCGAUAGUCCUGGGGUUAUUUGUGAAAGUGUUCACUGCGGACAACUCGGCCAAGAGUUUGUUGGCCGACGAGCGGAUGUCCGUCUCAUUGAUAUGCCGACAGUUGGCCGAAAAGAAUCACAUCGUAAUGGAUCCCAAGUGUUCAAUAGUCGAGCACAUACCGGAACUCUACCUAGGAAUUUGUGUCCCCCGGAGGGGAACUGCUGGCUGUCGUCAACCACACUUAUAA